UAUAUUCGCACCCUGCUUAUGUGUGCGAACAAAUCGUUCGUCUCCUGUUUGAUGCUCAGUUUUCAACGGAGUUGAAGGGAAACUUUAUAAGAGAAAGGAAGUUACGGAUUGUCUCAAAGUGAUAAACGAAAAUUCUCGUAACUAUCGAAAAACGAUAGUCAAUACAAGGAUAUCAUUAUCACAUUUAAAACUAUCACAAUGAACGGUGAUUCGUCGCAGCAAGGUACCACAAAUAAGAUAUCUCAAUCUAAAGAGGAGGAGAGUCAUACUUCGGAACGUAAUCGGGACAUAUUGUACCUUAAUGUGAUUAUUAUUGUGAUUAUUGUGAUUAGUGUGAUUAUUUGGUACACAAUGGAUAUGUUGGCAUUAGCGAUGUAUUAAUCCGGGAAGCUCGUCUAUCUCGGAAAUAUCGAGUCUGCGACAACGUCAAUUUGGAAAUUAUUCUUAGAGAAUAUGAAAAUUAUUACAAGAUGAAAUUCCAAAAAUAUCCUAUAUUGUGUAAGAAAAUAACUGAAAAGGAAAUAAAGACGAGGGAAAUGACAAAUGCGAACAAAGUCAAACAAACGAGAAGUGAGUCUGUAUCUGGGUCUGUCGAAGGGAGGAAUGCACAACAGAAGAUGAGGGGUGAUGCUACCGAUGAUAUUAAUCUUGCAAUGACAGUGACAACAAUUUCUGCCAAUGAAAACGAUGGAUCUUCAUCAGAAGAGCUUCAUCAAAGAGCUUCAUUUAACGUCUCAAUGGAACAAUCCAGGCAAUCAAAGAUAUCAAAAUGUGCUCGGAACCUUUAUAUAGAAAAUCCAGAAUUGCAGAAGAUUGCUCAAGACAUUUUAUCUGAAAUCAUACUGAAAGAAUUAAAUGUAUAUUGGGACAACAUUGCAGGCCUAGAGGAAUGUAAAUCUGCCAUUAAGGAUGCCAUUGUGUAUCCCCUUAAAUACCCUAUCUUUUUUAAAGGCCCAUUUGCUCCCUGUAAAAGUAUUCUGCUAUAUGGACCACCUGGUACAGGGAAGACGAUGUUGGCGAAGGCAGUCGCAACAGAAUGCCAAUGCACCUUUUUUAACGUAACGACCAGCUCAUUGGUGGACAAAUGGAGAGGUGAUUCCAAGAAGUAUAUCCGUGUUUUAUUUGAACUUGCCUAUAAUAAUUCGCCUACAAUUAUUUUUAUCGACGAGAUUGACUGCAUAGGAACAAAUAAAGGAGUAAAGUAUACAUUGUCUGAAUCUGCAAAGACAUUCAGAUCAGAACUUCUUUUUAGAUUGGAUAGAUUAGUAAUUAACAAAAAUUCUGAUGUAGUUCUUUUGGCCGCAACUAAUUGCCCUUGGGAUAUUGAUGCAACUUUACGCAGACGCCUUGAAAAGAAUAUAUACGUAUCAUUACCAAACGAAGUUACUCGAUUUUAUAUGUUCAAAUUAUACCUUAGCAACCGAUUAUUAGAGAAUAUGGAUAUUGUGAGUCACAUAAUAAAAUCUACUGAAAAAUAUUCUUGUGCUGAUAUAAAAUUGCUUUGUACGCAAGCAUGGCUGCUAGAAAUGAAUCCAAUGUUUAAAAGACUUGAAAAAGGAGAAACAUCUACUACGACUUUGAAAUAUGAAUUAAAGAAUUAUAAAAUAAUAGCAAAAUUGUUAAAAAAAAUGUCACCUACAGUUACGAAUGUGGAUAGAUAUGAAGCGUGGAAAAAAUAUGUAUGCCAAAACAAGAUAUUUUAAAAAAUAUAAAAAUAUAAAAGUAUAAAAAUAUAAAUAUAUAAAAGUAUAAAAAUAUAAAAAUAU